AUGGCAUACUACCAUGGCUCCGGGCCGCCGGCGGGGCAGGCAUACAAUGGGCAGCCCGGGUCGAUGCCUUAUAGUGCACAACAGUUCCAAAUGAAUGGCCAGAAUCCUUACGGGCAGGUGUCUGCCGCUCCUGGAGCGCAUCAGAGCUACCAAACCCACCAACCGCACCCUCAAUAUCCGCCAUAUGCCCAACAGAGUUUCCAGCCGCAGCAAUCCCAAGCACACCAACAGCAUCAGAGCCAACUCCCGCAACACCAGCCCGGUCAUCUACCUUCUUCCCAUCAGUACCACCAGCAACAAUAUCACCAGCGACUGCCGCCGUCACAGCAACACCUGGUCGAUCCGUCCCCUUUAACCCCUUUGCCCCCGCCGGUCCAAUAUCCCGCCAACUCCAACCCAAGCAAUCCAGCCUCGACAUACGCGAGCUACGAUUCCACAUUCGGUCAACGCGCGGCCACGAACCAGCUUGCUCAGCAGCAGCCUCAUCUCUAUCACCGAACGUCCCAAAUCCCAGCGCCCGUAGCGCACUUCCAGCCGCAACCUCACCGACCGCAAGUACCAUCGCCUUUGCAACAGCAUCAGCAGCUACCAUCAGUGCCGCAAUACGUACAACCGCAACAGUUGCAGCAGUCAUCACAACCGCCUGCCGCCACAACCGUUUCUCGUCAUGUCAGGCCAGGUGGGGGUAUCACGAUCAACAUCCCGGAAAUGAAGGGUCAGCAGCCCUCUCAGGUUGCAAAAAGCGUCGAGCGCGGCAACAUCGCGCCCUCACCGGCGAGCUCGACACCAAGGGCUAUAUCGAAAUCGCCCGCAACGUCACAUAGGUCACCAGCGCUUUCGAAAUCGCCAACUUUGAAAAAGGUGCACAUGGGAGGCGUGACCAAGUCAACAACCGGCUCUAGAUCUCCGGCGCCGUCGAGAUCGCCCGCGCUUGCCAACUCUCCUGCCGUUGCUAGAUCGCCCGCGCCGAGCCUUCAAAAGUCACAUCUUGCGCUAGAGACAAUAUUAAUACACGUCGCGGAAGAGUGUUUGGGCAAGGCUCAGGCGGCGGCCCCACGACUGGUGAGCUCUUGCUCGGAAGAAGGUCUUGCCGAAUAUCACAAGCUGGUUGCAACUGGGCUCACUUGUCUUGACAGAGCCAUAGCUUCCGGCAAGCUGAGCGGUCGUGUUGAGGCUAAGGCACGGUUAAGGUACGCCGGCAUCGUGUUGGAAGAGACCGAGGACCUCAUGUAUGCUGAGACCAUGUUGUCACAAGGCAUCGCGCUAGCCGAAAAACGUCUAUUUCCUGACUUGAAAUACUGCAUGCAAGAUCUCCUUGUCAAGGUUCUCAAUAGGAGAAACCACAAGGCUGCAUUAGUAGCUUUACAAAGACACAUUCAUGAUUGCGAUACCUAUAAACACAUGUAUUGGUCUUACGCUAUGAGACUCGGCAAGAUUUCACUGCUUUUCAAUUCAACUGCUCCGCAGGACUUGGCAUCACUCAUCGAGACGAUCCGAGAGACCACUGCUCUUGCCAGUCGAAGAGGCGAUCGUGCAGUUUAUGUGUUCUUAUCACUUCUCGAAGGGUUGAUACAUCUGAAAACUGACAAGACGGAUGCGGUUCAGCGCGUCCAAGCUUGCAUUGCUCAAGCCUCAAAAUUUCAGCUGGAAGAUUCGGCACAUCUCGCUCAGGUUGAUUUGCUGAGGUCGAUCCUAGACUUGACAUGCAGUCUUCGUCAAAAGAGCCCGGAUGCAUCUCUGAGCAAAAUCAAAAGCCUUCAGGACCGCCUCGAUGAGAUCCAUAACAUUUCUUGGGAAUCUUCAGAGUUACUAUUGCCUAUGAAGAAGGAUGGGGCGUCGAAGAAUACUAUCAGUCCAGACACUGGCGCGAUUGUACGAAUUGGAAACGAACAGCAUGAUUUCCUAGUCAUUAAUUUCAUGUCAAAACCCGAUACUUACGCUCUGUGUUAUGCACUCACCGGCAUUGCAAUUAUGUAUAAAACCACUUUUACGGGCGACAACAACGCCAGCAAAGAUACAGAUAUGAAGAGCCAAGAAGCUUGGAGGGAGGCAUUGCGCUCUCUAUCCAGGCUGGAAGCCCCUGGCGCACCGGUUGAGAAAAACUGGACCCUCCAGCAAUCAAUGCGACGAGGAAGGUGGCAUUCUGAACUGAAGAUAUACGUCAACAUUCUGCUCGGCCUUUCACGGGCAUCGCACUGUGAAUGGGCUGAAGUUCAGCAGUGCGUCAACAAUAUCGACUCGCUGAUGGACGAAAAACUGGAUCGAAAUCUCCAGGAUUUGGCCAUGUACAUGAAGGCCGUUUGCUAUCAGGGUCGAUGCAUGCUCGAUGAGGCCAUCGACAUUUACUCGCACGAACGGUUCAAAGUUCGCCAUCCAACUGGACCUGACGCACAGAGCGUUAUCCCGCGGGAACUUUGCAUUCUCUCUGCGUUGAACCGUCUCUGGAUCAUGCAGGAUCCACGCCAUAGAGACGAGAACAAAGCAGCAGCUAUAACCGAAGAUAUAAAAGACUUGUGCAGCUCGCACCCGGAUCCGGAUCUCAGAACUGUAUUCAGCCUCGUCAUGGCUUCCAUCUCGCACGACCCGCCGCUCAGUAUCAACGAUGUAAAGAAACACCUCCAGGGCGCUUUAUCAUCGUCGCAGAUAACCCGGAACAUCCAGUGUCUAUCAAUUGCGCUCAGCAUCAUGCGUUACCGGCUGUUCGAAGGUGUAGUGGGUGACCAGGCCCUCAAGAGUGCAAAGGCGGCGGCAGCACAGGCAGACAAGGUCGAUAAUUUGCUCUGGAGAAGUGUUGCGCAAGGCAUGCUCGCCGCUAGCUGCGAGAUGAUGGGUCAACACGGAGAGAGUGCGAGAAGGCGAGCGGAGGCGAUCAGGUUCGCCAACGAGGCUGCGGAGAAGAGCGAGGCUGCCAGGGCCGUCGCGUUGCGAGUGCGGAGUGUCUGA